AUGUUGCCACUCGCAACAGAAGAGCGUCGGCAGUUGCCAUAUGAGGCGAUGGACCCGGACUGGGAGGCUCGCGAACUUGAAAACUUUCGGACGGCGACUGGUGGUGCUCAACGACAGGUCCCCUACGGCGCGUAUCUAUUCGGGAGGUUGCUACAGUCGGAUUUGCACCAUAGCUGUCGACCGGCACUGCCCUCCGACGUGUCCAAGCUCAACGGUUCUACUAUCAAAGGCAUGUGCAUCUUACAGGUGGUCGAUGCAGCCAACAUUGGCGCCAAUUACGAGCAUCGGACGCAGUUUUCGACUGCUGGGCCAACGCGGACACUCAAACUGGGGCUAACAGACGGCCAUCAAUUGGUAUUCGGCUUCGAGUUGACUCCACUACCGCAGCUCAGUGUCGACAUUCCGCGUGGCACCAAAAUUGUGGUGGAGGACGUGCCUGUGAAGCACGGACUGCUUUUGCUGGCACCUGAUAAUUGCCAACUAUUGGAGGCAUCGUCCGAUCCUUCAACACGAAGUAAAAAGCAAAGGCCACGACCAGCAGAGUCGAACGGAACGGAGGCUGGCGCGUACUCGGCAGCUCUAGUGACCUCGCAAUAUGACACUGCACCGCUACAAGUACUCGCGAGAAGACCGGUACCUGCACAACCGCCUGUUUCGCUACCGUUAGAUACGAGCUUGGUCGCCCAUGGUACUCCAGGGACAAAAGUGAGUGGCGAAAAUGCAUCUGCGCUACGCUCAAAUCCUCCUGCACGUCGUAUGAAUACGGAUACAGGCAACAGCAGUACAAGCGCUAUCCGACGUGCCUCCGACCCGGCAGUGUUUGUGGACGUGCCUCCAUCAGACGAAGACGUGGAUAGUGAUACGACCGACCCCAUGGUAACACACCUUUUCUACAGCCCCAACACACCAAGGCACCCUGCCGGCUUUAAUGAUGCAAAGACGGCACAGAUCAGUAACAGGAACGUUUCCAUCAAGAAACGCCCUCGUUCACCGUCAAUGAAAGAACAAUUACGGGUCGGACCUCCAGUUCCGCAGAACUCAACUCAAUCAAUGGACGCGACAGCCGUUCAACCCGAACGUGCCCCUAGCCUUUCGUUGCCCGAUCAAGUAACCCCAUGCUUGCCUCAGGAUCCGGCGAAUCCGUUUCAGUAUUUCCACGCGAAGCAAUCAACGCUAUCAGCGCCGGCACACGCGACGAGUUUUAAAAUUCGAGCGUGCGUCAAGUCUGUCGUCGGUUUCCAAUUCAACACAGGACAGUAUCAGCUUCGAGUUGCCGUGGAGGAUUGCACCGCCACGAAGGAAGCAGACGUGGCUGAAGAAUUUGUGACGCAGCUUAUGGGCGUAUCUUGCUCUGCGUUCCAGCAAACCAUGCAGACGGACGUGCAACUCGCACACAAAUGGGCCGCGACAAUGCAAUUUACGCUCAUGAAUCUCGAAGGAGUCAUGACGUUCGAAAACAGGGCAGCUACAUCCACAUCUGAACCAUUGCCGCUCUUGCUUGUCGAAUGCCGUGACUUCCAAGCUUGUGAAACUCGCGAGCUACUUCAGCGUGUGAGAGAAUUGCUGUCGGAUACGACGCCGCAACAGACGUGA